CAUAAAAACCUUCCAGUUUUAGAGAUCCAUUACAUUACAUACACAUACAUUGGAAGGAAAAUAAUUCAUGAGAGGCGGUGGUGAGGAGGAGGUGAUAAUAGUAGUGGCAGUUGAUGCAAGUAAAGAGAUGACAGAUUAUGCUCUUGAAUGGGCGUUUCGAAAUGUCAUCAAAUCCCCCUCCAUUGAUUUCUUAAUCCUACUCCUCGCUAUUCUUCCACUUUCAAAUCCACUACCACCAUCUUCCAAUCAUCAAACCAAUAAUUACCACUCUACUCUCUACCAAUUCCUCUCUGGUCUGUUCAACAAGAAGGAGAAGAAAACAAGGAAUCAUGAGCAGGGUGGUUCAUCUGAUGAAGAUUGUAAUAAUUUAGUAGGAUCUGACUCUGUUGUUGUUGUUGCUACUGGUGAUAACAAUGAUGAUGAUGAUGAUGAUGUGCCCAACACCCACAAUCACACCAAGAGAAUAAACAAGGUGUGUGCACAGAUGAUGCAGCAGCAACUACUUUCUCUGCCCAACCCAAUGCUGCACCAGGUUCGUGCUGAAGUCAAAGUUGUAGCUGAUGCACAGAUGGGAUCUAUUGCAAUGGUGGCUCAAGAGCUUGGAGCAAUGUGGGUCAUCCUUGAUCGACGCUUGAAGAAGGAAGCAGAUUGUUGCGUGAAACAAUUGACUUGCAAUGUCAUACUCGUAGAUCAUGCGAUUCCAAAUAUUCUCAGGUCAGCUAAUAACAUUGCUCAUACUCAAAGCACUCAAAUUCCACUCUUCUUAUCAUCGAGCAUACACAAAGAUCAGUUUGAAAAGUCCAGCCCCGUCACUAAAUUCGAACCACCCAAUACCUCUCCCCAUUUAAAUUCCCACUUUUCGGACCACGAUGCAAAACAAACUGAUCAAGCAGCAUAUAGAUCUUCUAUUCCCUUGUAUAGCAGCAAAUCACAACCCUUGAGUAGGGUCUCAAAAUUUGACAUCAAAUCCCAUCCAAAGUCGAGCAUUCACAAAGAUCAUUUUAAAAAGUCCAGCCGCGUCACCAAAUUCGAACCACCCAAAACCUCUCCCGAUUUAAAUUCCCACUUUUGGGGCUACCAAGCAGAACAAACUGAUGAAGCAGCAUAUAGUUAUUUUAUCCCAUUGCAUAGCAGCAAAUCACAACCGUUGAGUAAGGUCUCAAAGUUCGACAUCGAAUCCCCUCCCAACUCAUCAAGCAUACACAAAGAUCAAAUUAAAAAGUCCAGCCCCGUCACCAAAUUCAAACCACCCAAGCCCCAUUUAAAUUCCCACUUUUCGGACCACAAAGCAGAACAAACCGAUGAAGCAGCAUAUAGUUCUUCUAUUCCCUUAUAUAGCAGCAAAUCACAACUGUUGAGUAAGGUCUCGGACUUUAACAUUGAAGACAGUGCCAUUGACAAGAAAACCAGAAGCUACAGCAGUGUUUUGAAGACUAGAAGUGAUGUGCAUAGAAGUAAUAAUAGAGUCAAAGAAAUGGAGUCUUCUUCUGCAUCAUUUCCGCCUCCAAGAUCAUCCGAUUCUCCAAACUCGUCUCAAAAGUUGAAGUAUCCAAAUCAUUUGGGCCAACCGAGUAAAAGAAGAGAAUCCACGAGUAGUAAAGCAAAUGAUGCAGUUCCAUUUCCUCCAAAGAUUGACCGAGUUUCAAGCGUUAGAAGGGCCAUUUCUCUUUCCAUCAAACAGCCACCGACCCCUCCACCACUUUGUUCCAUUUGCAAGCACAACGCCCCCAUUUUUGGGAAGGCCCCACGAAGGUUUAGUUAUGAAGAAAUGGAAAGAGCCACUAAUGGAUUCUCGGCCGACAACUUCUUGGCUGAGGGUGGUUAUGGCCCUGUAUACAGAGGGGUCCUACCCGAUGGUCUAGUUGUCGCUGUGAAGCAGCAUAAAAUGUUAAGCGCUCAAGGAGCAUCUGAAUUUUGCUCUGAGGUUGAAGUAUUGAGCUGCUCGCAACACAAGAAUUUAGUGAUGUUGGUGGGCUACUGCAUUCAAACAGAGUGGCUCCUUGUCUACGAGUUUGCUUGCAAUGGUUCCUUGGACAAGCACCUAUAUGGAGGAAAGGAGACGAAUGAGGUGAUGGCAUGGCACAAUAGGAUGAAGGUUGCAGUGGGUGCUGCAAGAGGUUUGAGAUAUCUUCAUGAAGAUUGUAGAGUCGGUUGUAUCGUGCACAGAGACUUCAGACCUAACAACGUUCUCCUAACCCAUGACUUUGAACCCAUGGUGGGAGAUUUUGGCCUAGCUAGGUGGCAAGUAGAUGGACAAUCAGCUGAGGAGACACGUGUCAUUGGCGCAUUCGGGUACCUGGCUCCCGAGUAUACAGAGAUGGGUAUGAUAACAGAGAAGGCUGACGUAUACGCAUUUGGAGUAGUUUUGUUGGAGCUCUUAACUGGCAUUGAAGCAACCAAAUUUUCUCGUAAGCAUUUACAGGAACAGGGCUCUUCAUUACUAGAGAAGAAGAUAUACAAUGAGAUAAUUGAUACCCGACUGGAGAAUAAUUACGUCAAGAAGGAAGUAGAGUGCAUGUUCCAAGCUGCCAUAUUAUGCAUAUCACCUCACCCCAAGCGAAGACCCAGGAUAUCAGAGGUGUUGAAAAUAUUGGAAGGAGACAUGCCAACUUAUACAGCUUCUCAUCGCAGACAAUCAAGAGCUGUUUAUCCAAAACAAAGGUUGGAUGGUUACGACACAGAUGAACUGUGGUACCAAAUGCUAGAUGACAAUCUUUCACAACUGACACGUUCAAUUCAUGGUAUGAACCUUAGUCCAUCUAGAAAGAAUAGUGCAGAAAAAAACACAAACAAUGGGCAAAAGAGAAAAUCGAAGCCAACAACACCGUUUGACAGGUUUAAGAUAGUAAAUGGUGGUUGGGAUUCGAACCAAACUGAGCUGAUUGUGAAUCAAGAAUAUCAAGAACAUUUACAAGGGUCACUGUCCAAAUUUAUUGAAAACAUAGUUGUAAAUUGUAAGGUGAAUGAAAAAGGGGAAAUUUACGUUGUGUGAAUUAAUUAGUUUCUAUUUCAUCUCAUGUUCAUUAUUGGUAUAUUUCAUGUAACAAUUUUUUCGUGGUUGGGAAUGGGAAUAAACAAUCUUCUGACAUCGGUUUGAAAGAUAUGAAUAAAGUAUAAUUUAAAUUUGU